UCCCAAAUGCAUCUCUCUCUCUCUCUUCUCUCUCUCUCUCCACAAAGUUAAAACGACAUCUCUGUUCCUCUGAUCCUUCGCCGUUUUGUAUGUUCUCUUUUUCCUCGACUUCUGGACGGGCAAAGUCUCCGCACUCUCUCCAAUCUCUGUCACUUUCUCGCGAAUCCGCGAUUGAGAGCAAUAAUGGGAAGGGGAAAGAUAGUGAUUCGGAGGAUCGAUAACUCAACGAGUCGACAAGUGACGUUCUCCAAGAGGAGGAGUGGCUUGUUAAAGAAGGCGAAGGAGCUUGCGAUCCUCUGCGACGCGGAGGUCGGAAUCAUCGUCUUCUCCAGCACCGGCAAGCUCUACGAUUUCUCCAGCUCCAGCAUGAAAUCGAUAAUCGAGCGAUACGGUGACACAAAAGGGGAUAGCGAAAGCGACACAGUAUCCGAAAUCAAGUUCUGGCAGAGGGAAGCAGCAAUUCUGAGGCAACAGCUACAUAACUUGCAAGAAAACCAUCGGAAAAUGAUGGGAGAAGAGCUUUCUGGGCUAAGUAUAAAAGAUUUACAGAGCUUGGAAAGCCAGCUUGAAUUGAGUCUUCGAGGGGUACGAAUGAAAAAGGAUCAGAUUUUGAUGGAUGAAAUAGAAGAACUGAACCGAAAGGAGAAUCUCAUGCACCAAGAAAAUCUAGAACUCCACAAGGAACUAAACCUAAUGCGCCGAGAGAAUAAGGAACUACAGAAAAAGGUUUCAGUGCUGGGGGGUUCCGAUAGUGCAAAAAGGAAUUCCCUUCUCACAAAUGGUCUAGACAUAAGAGAUGACUCAACAGAACCUGUCCAUCUUCACCUCAGCCUACCACGGCACGUGCAAGCACCAGCCGCAGGGGCUACCAAACCCGGAUACUUUUCUUUCAUCACAUAGAGCAUACUCAAUGUGUACGUGGUAUGCAUUGACACCUGCAACUCUUCAGAAUCUCAUCCUCCUUGAUUUAACUGCAGCAGAUUGCCACUGCAUUAUAAAAGAAAGCAUGAUCAAAAAGUAAAUCCAUUUGUAUCAACAUUACUAAUGUGGAUUCCAAUGUCCUCUGUGGCCAAUACAUUACUCAUUUGAAAAAAGAACUUCCUUAAUUUGCCAUUCAACGUGUAUUUGAUGGUCGAGGAGGGUUUUUUUUUCUCAGAGAACAAAAAAUAGAAACUGUAAAAACAUUGGAAACCAUUAAAUCUCAUUCCGGUUUGGGUCA